UGUACAACUAGAAGGUUAUGUGAGACGUCAGACUCAAGUUGAGGUUUGAUGAAUGAUAAUAUUUUGAUGGUUUUCUCAUGGAAAUAAAUCCCAGCGAUAUCCACAUGGCCAAAAGAUUAUAUUUUGACGGGGUUGAUUUAUACUUUCACACUUUUGUAACAACUCUAUUAACAAGUCUUUUGCAGGAAGAGACGGAGACGUUGCUCCAACCGCUGCAUUCCUGGACUUGGGUGGUGCAUUAUCCUAUAUAUUGACUUUGCUCUUUACAGCAUCGGCCUUAUCGCCACCUCCCUUUAUCAGAUGAAUUGGAUAUAUGAUUUCAAAGUCAAAUAAAAGAGCUUGGUAGGCAACAGUUAAAUUAGGGAGAAAUUCACAGCAAAGAAGAUUGAAUCUGGGUCAUUGUUUUUCAACGUUUGCGGGACGGAAAAAGAUAUGUGGUGCGGAGUGGAUGUAUUUUCACUUUGCCUUUUUGAAAUGACCAGGACAAGUUGAAGAAAAAGUGAAGGCGGUCUCUGUCCUAAUUUAGAGCUUGUGGCAAAGGACAUCCCGUGAAUCACUAGCUAGGAUUUCACUCACGCCACAAGCUGGCUGGAUAUCUAUUGGAUUCUUUUAUGCUAUCUAUUACAGCAGUUGAUGAUUGCCUUCGCCGGCUUCAUGCGGUCACAUUCAAAUCAAAUAAACAUAACCUAACCAAGGCUGCAAAUUAUGGUUCUCAUCACUUGCUCCUACAAGUUUCCCCCUCUUCUAGUUCGAGCCAAAAAUUGCUUUGGUGAUAUCGAUUCCACCCAUGGAUCCCUAUUCCUCGUUAAUAAAUUCUGAAAUAAUUAAACUAUGAAUCCUUCAAAACUAAAAUCAAACACUAGUUUCAAAUCCGAAUUCAUGUCAUACAUGCUUUUAUUACAAAAUUAAAAGAAGAAGAAGAUCAAAUCAGCAUCUUCCUUGGAGAUAUUAAAGAAUCAAGAGUAUAACAACCAACAAGGAAGCUUUCUACUCUUAGCAAUCCAAUCAAAAAAUUUAGAAAUUAUACAAAAAGAAAUAUUAGGCAGGAUUUGUAGCUGAUGUUAAAUUCAGUAAUGUAAUAUAAAAACUAAAUUUCUCAAAGGAUAGGAAGAGCACUGUUACUAAUAACAUUAAAAAGCAUCUGCUUGAAUAUUAAGUAACACAACACAACAAUGGAAAAAGCUUCUUUAUGUUAUGUUGAUGAUAACGUAGUCACGGGAUUAAGAUGAUAAAUGGCCGCCGAGGAAAAGAAAACACGGAGUUGAACGGAGAAACAAAUAAAACAGUUGGGGUUGGGGAGAAAGAAUUGGCUUCGGAGUUACAACCACUAAUAAAGUACUAAGUAGUAUUGUUUUAAACAAACCAACUGAAACAUGGGGCUUUGUCCACAUCGAAUAUUCAGAAUCAUUAGCCAAUAAAACCAAAGUGUUUUAAAUAAAAAAAAAAAGAGAAAAACAAAUUACUCCGUAUUAAUCUGAACGUCUCCAGGUGUUAAACCCACAGAAAUAACAGCUAUUAAUUGAUUCGGUCACCACCACUCACCAUCGCACAUUUUUACUAUUAACAGUUACCAGAGGACCAGAGGUUUUCAGUUUUCACCUGGGCAGGCCAGGCAAGGCCUUAGCUCCCAUGCUAGUACGAGUAGUAAAAUUCUAAACUUUGAUUAAUUGAGGUAGAGGCAGAGGAGAUGAAGAAGGACCUCCUGCAGACGUAACCCACUUGUCCACUCUUUUUCCUUUUCUCUUUUCUUUGUUUUUUUUUUUUUUUUCAUUCUCUCUCUCCCUCUCUCUUGGUUUAUAUAUUUUAUCGGACGUUACGUUAUCCCAUUAAAAUUUUGGGUGUUUCCGGUUCUGUAUAAUCUUCAAUCAUCUAUGUUGGUUUGGCAUUCCCUGCACAAGAUUUCUGGAAUUGCACGUUCCUCGCCUGGCUGAAAGGUCUCAAGGUCUAGCUGAAUUGUAAUCGUACCUGAUGGCGGCUAAGAAAGCGUGCGAGUCUUUCUCCAAGAGCUUAAUAGAGGAGGUUCAGAAAUGGGGUUGCAUGAAGCAGACAGGGGUCAGCUUGAGGUACAUGAUGGAGUUUGGGUCCAAACCCACUGAACGAAACUUGUUGAUUUCGGGUCAGUUUCUCCACAAGGAGCUCCCCAUUAGGAUUGCCCGGAGAGCUAUUGAGCUCGAGACCCUCCCUUAUGGCCUUUCUGACAAGCCUGCUGUUUUGAAGGUGCGAGACUGGUAUUUGGAUUCCUUUCGUGACUUAAGAUCUUUUCCUGAGAUUAAGGAUACAAAUGAUGAGAAGGAAUUUACACAAAUGAUCAAGGCUAUCAAGGUGAGACACAACAAUGUGGUCCCUAUGAUGGCUUUGGGGGUUCAACAGUUGAAGAAAGGCAUGGAUCCAAAGAUUGUUCAUGAGGAUCUUGAUGAGAUUCAUCAGUUUCUAGAUCGAUUUUACAUGUCAAGAAUUGGAAUUCGCAUGCUUAUUGGGCAGCAUGUGGAGUUGCACAACCCUAAUCCUCCUCCACAUUGUGUGGGCUAUAUACAUACAAAAAUGUCUCCAGUGGAGGUGGCACAAAAUGCUAGUGAGGAUGCUCGUGCUAUUUGUUUGCGAGAGUAUGGAAGUGCACCUGAUAUUAAUAUCUAUGGUGAUCCCAAUUUUACAUUCCCGUACGUACCAACACACUUGCAUCUUAUGGUAUUUGAGUUGGUCAAAAACUCCUUGCGUGCUGUCCAAGAGCGUUUUAUGGAUUCAGAUAAAAUUGCACCACCUGUACGGAUAAUAGUUGCUGAGGGAAUUGAGGAUGUAACUAUAAAGGUCUCAGAUGAGGGGGGCGGCAUACCAAGAAGUGGUCUUCCCAAAAUUUUCACAUACCUUUAUAGUACUGCCAAAAACCCAUUGGAUGAGUACUUAGAUCUGGGAACGGCUGAUACAGUAACAAUGGCUGGAUAUGGUUAUGGGUUACCAAUAAGCCGCUUGUAUGCUAGGUAUUUUGGAGGGGAUCUUCAAGUUAUCUCUAUGGAAGGAUAUGGGACUGAUGCGUAUCUUCAUUUGUCUCGUUUGGGAGAUUCACAAGAACCCUUGCCAUGAUUAUUCCAGUCAGAAGCAGAAGCAAAUUCAUAAUUAAUACAUGGAAACAUUUAAUCUAGGGAAAUUGUAAUGCAUUGCUAUCAAAUUUUAUUCCAAUAAAAUUGGCAGUUGGUCUUGUAUAUUCGUAGAAAAUUCACGUUCUACAUCUGUUGGUGCAAUGCAAGUACCCUUCUUUACUGCUUUUAUAAGUUGGAUGCUCCCUUCUCCAUCAUUAACUUACUACUUUUUAACAUUUUCUUCGGCACCAAAUAAACCUUCUAUAAUCUGAUUGGAUUCUAA